AGGAUUUAGUGGAUUAUUCAAUAGGCUUUUAGAACACAAGACGAAUUUGCUAAAUGAUUCAACGAUAUACGAGAUAGACGAGAUAUCGAUUCAUAGACGAGGUCUGUCAGACCAGACUAGACCGUUGUUGCUGUGAAGUUUUUAUGUUUCAUAGACAAAGUUAGUUCCGCGAAACGUGACUUCUUCAUUGCUUCUUCAGGCCACGCGACGCCAUUUUGCUUUUUGUGUUUUACAAACGUCACCUUUCCUUUGGUGAGCAAGGUGUGUUCACGCGAGGUUGUGUGUUCCCUCGAAAUAUAGGUCACACAAUCCUCAGAAUUUCGUGAAAUAUUCUUGUAAAAUAAAAAAAAAAUUAUAAAAUUAACAAAAACCCAAAAAAAUAGUAAAAUAACUAAAAAUUAACGGGAAUCACUCGAUUUUAAGUUAGUGUACGUAAGCGUGCAACGUGGUCUAAGGAAUGCGAUUGUAGUCAUUAUAAAGAGAAAGUGAAGUUGUUCUUUACGACGGUCAAGUUAAUGUUUUUCAUAAAAGUCUCAAAGUAAGAUAUCCAAAAUGAAUCCGGGUCCACCAAAUUACCCCAUGGCAUCACUGUAUGUCGGGGACUUGCACUCAGAUAUUACUGAGGCCAUGUUGUUUGAAAAAUUUUCGACUGCUGGUCCAGUCCUUUCAAUUCGAGUAUGUCGCGAUAUGAUAACUCGCAGAUCCUUGGGUUACGCUUACGUAAAUUUUCAGCAACCUACUGAUGCUGAAAGAGCACUGGACUCUAUGAAUUUUGAUAUUAUCAAAGGAAGACCUAUUAGAAUCAUGUGGUCCCAACGUGAUCCUUCUUUGCGCAAGUCUGGUGUAGGAAACGUUUUUAUAAAGAAUCUUGACAAAACCAUUGACAACAAAGCCAUGUAUGAUACAUUUUCGGCUUUUGGCAAUAUUUUGAGUUGCAAAGUAGCUCAGGAUGAGACCGGAGCCUCUAAAGGUUAUGGAUUUGUCCAUUUUGAAACUGAAGAAGCUGCUAAUAAAUCAAUUGACAAAGUGAAUGGCAUGUUGUUAAAUGGCAAGAAGGUAUAUGUGGGCAGAUUCAUUCCUCGCAAGGAACGUGAAAAGGAGCUCGGUGAGAAAGCUAAACUGUUCACCAAUGUUUAUGUCAAGAACUUUGGUGAAGAUUUCAAUGAUGAAAUGUUGAAAGAUAUGUUUGAAAAAUAUGGUCGCAUAACAAGUCAUAAAGUUAUGUACAAAGAAGAUGGUUCAUCCAGAGGAUUUGGUUUUGUGGCAUUUGAAGACCCUGAUGCUGCUGAGCGUGCUUGUAUGGAGCUCAAUGGCAAAGAGCUGGUUGAGGGUAAACCAUUAUAUGUUGGUCGUGCUCAAAAAAAAGCUGAACGCCAAAAGGAGUUAAAACGUAAAUUUGAGCAAUUGAAGUCAGAAAGGCUCACUCGUUAUCAAGGGGUAAAUUUAUAUGUCAAGAACUUAGAUGACACUAUUGAUGAUGAAAGACUAAGGAAAGAAUUUGCACCCUUUGGUACCAUUACUUCAGCUAAGGUCAUGUUGGAAGAUGGACGCAGUAAAGGCUUUGGAUUUGUAUGUUUUUCAUCUCCUGAAGAAGCUACUAAGGCUGUGACAGAAAUGAACGGUCGAAUUGUUGGAACAAAACCAUUGUAUGUGGCCUUAGCUCAACGUAAAGAAGACCGCAAGGCCCAUUUAACAUCUCAGUACAUGCAGCGUAUGGCUAGUAUGCGCAUGCAACAAAUGGGUCAAAUUUUCCAACCAGGUGGUGCAGGAGGAUACUUUGUUCCAACAAUUCCUGCAGCACAGCGCUUCUAUGGUCCUGCUCAAAUGACACAGAUUAGACCAUCACCUCGCUGGACUGCACAGCCACAAGUUAGACCUAGCACUCAAACUGCUGCUUCAGGAUAUCCAAAUAUGCAAGCACCAUUCCGUCCAGCUCCUAGAGGCCCUACUCAAGCUUCAUUGCGCACAUCUCUGGGGGCGAGACCAAUCACUGGUCAACAAGGUGUAGCAGGAGCUGCUUCAAUUCGUACACCACUAGUGACUCAGAGUGGUCGCCCUGCUGGUUAUAAGUACACAGCCAACAUGCGAAAUCCCCCAGCACCACAACCAGCAGUGCAUAUUCAGGGCCAAGAACCAUUAACUGCAACUAUGUUAGCUGCUGCACCUCUUCAAGAACAGAAGCAAAUGCUUGGAGAACGUCUAUUCCCACUUAUUCAAAGAAUGCAUCCUGAUCUGGCUGGGAAAAUUACUGGAAUGUUGUUGGAAAUAGAUAAUUCUGAAUUACUUCAUAUGCUGGAACAUGGAGAGUCUCUAAAAGCUAAAGUUGACGAAGCGGUUGCUGUUUUGCAGGCUCACCAAGCCAAACAGCAAGCCACAAAGAAAGAGUAAUGUAAUUGUGUCAGUUGGCAAGUCCAUGAAUUGACUAACUUGCCAGAUGUUCACAAGAACAAAUUCUAUUGCAGAGUUCUUGGUAAUUUUAGUAAUGCUUUGAAAAAAAUUCUAUUGAAGCAGUCCCGCUCUUAAAAAAAAAAUAUAUAAUAAAAAUUGCAAAAAAAAAAAUGAAAAUGUGGAAAUGUACUUUGCUAAAACAUCUUAUAUAUAGAAAAUUGAUUACUAUUUCAUGUUAAAAGUAGGUGCAUUCCCACAAACAAAAACAAUGAAACUGUCAACAUUUGUACAUGUAAAGGAGUAAAAUACUGGACUCUGUAGACUUUUUACAUUGACUAAGAAAGAAAGUUUUAAGUUAUUAUUUUUUUCUUAUUUCAUAUCUCUGAAAAUGGAGUUGGCUUUUGUUCUUGCAAUUAAUUACUUUUACUUACAUAACUGUUUCUUUUUAUUCCCUUGUCAGUUCUACAUUAGUAAUUAUUACCUUGGAUUGUAAACUUGGUCACUGAUGUAACUGGCAUAAUAUGUAUUUCUUUGUAAUUUGUUACAAUAUAUUCUUUGAAAUAUUCACUUUA